AAUGGUGCUUUGGACACAAAGUCGGCAGCGAAAGUCCAUUGCACCGCUCUGUUUGAAGUCCAACGUUAGGGACUUCUCAAAAAAAUCAGAUAGUUUGAUAUGAGCGAUAGAAAAAGUCGCAAUGAUUCUCGUAGAAUGACCGACGAUAGGGUUAGAGGAGUAGUCAAAUGGUUCAACGUGAAAGCUGGAUAUGGAUUCAUUACUCGGUCAGAUACCUCAUCCGAUAUUUUCGUGCAUCAAACAGCAAUUUCAAGAAAUAAUCCAGGAAAAAUGCAGCGCUCACUUCAGGAAAAUGAGGAGGUUGAAUUUUUCGUUGUUGAAGGGGACAAAGGUGUGGAGGCCUCUGAUGUCACUGGACCUGACAGAAGGCCUGUUAAAGGCAGUGUCUAUGCCUCGGAUCGACCUUACGGGCGGAGCCCCAGAGAGUUUGGAGCGCGUGGUGAUAGAAACGACUCAAAUGGUUAUAGAAGCAAUGGGUUUGGGUCAUAUCGUGCAAGAGGGAGGGGUCGCGACGGACCCAGGGGUGGUGGUGAUUUCUCAAGAAGAUUUGAAGAGCGCAACCCACGCGAUCGCAGCCGAGGAUACGGAUCGAAAGACAAUGGUGCUUAUUACUCUAGCCCAUACUAAUUCCAAUCCAUGUUGUACAUAUUGCAUUUUAAUGCCUAAUUUGUACAUUUUAUCUCGUAAUGUCUUGUUCUAGUGAAGUCAUUUUUUCUGUGGAUAUCACGAUAUAUGCAUUUAUAUGUAUCUAAAACUUGCAGUUUUCACUCAAACCAUGGAAAUUAAAAAACGUUAAUCAGCAA